AUGACUUCAGCUGGUUCAGAAAGUGACGUAGAAAAAUCAAAUAUGGCAUGCUUGUUUUACGGUGAGUGGCGUGACUGGAUCCAGGUCAGUAACAAGUAACAAAAGUUACAUAAGGUGGGCUCCCUUGGUUUUUUCAGAUGAAUUCUGAUUGUAAAAUUUAAAAAAAUUGCCAUGAUAGUAACCUAACCUACGAAAGAAUGGGUAAAAUCUCCAAAACGUUAUAUCUGAAUGCCCUCUCUGUUAAUACCUAAGCAAUCAAAUACUCACGACUUUUUCCGCAACAUCAUUAUCAUGCAAUGUGCAAAGCCCGUGUGGCCGACGCCAGAUUUUGUUCGUUGAACCAGCAAUUCAAGUUCCCCUAGUGCAGUAUUCAAAACUUCGCGUGCAUAUGUAGUUUGAAAAGGCCGUUUUGAAGGGUGAUGAUUAUUUUAUAUCUUUUCUCGAACUUGUAAAAGACUAUUUCUGUGGUUUCCAUUUGACGUUGAUAUUUUGGUCCACCUUCCUUGCUUAGCGCUUCUGAUCUUCUCUUUGAACAGAGUUCUAACAUACCUUUCUUUGUUUCUUCUUUUUGUAGCACUUUCUCCUCUCUCGUUUCUUAGCCAGGCUUCAUUUCUUUCGCCUUUGAUUUGCAGGAUCAUCCAGCGCUUUUUUCUCCUACACCGAAAAAUCAUCUCGAACACUUCAUCUGUAUUUUGUAUCUUUUACCUUUUGCAUAAGCAUUCUUUAGGUCACCAAUGGCAUUUCUCAACAUCAUGGUAUUAGUAUCCUCGAUCGGGUUACCAUUCAUUGCCAUUUACAUUCGUUAAUAUCUAUCUUAAUGCCCUUGUGUUAGUCGACAGUUUUUCAGUUGUCCACUAAUCACCAACUACCUCAUUUGCUAGGCUUUCGGACCAAUGAAUCUAUUAACCGUUCGGGUACAAAAUAAUUGAGGCUUGUACCUCAUGACUUAAACUCAUCCUGUCUGAUAUUGCCGGUGGUGAAUAAGAAGAGUGAAUUCUUGGUGUACCGUGUUAAUAUAGUUGGGCAUUAACAGAACUGUGAUCUCUUGAGGGAUUGUAAACUCAGUAAAUGGAUUAAGCUGAUAUAGUUUGGGCUGAUUUUCCUAAUACAGGUUGGCCAAGUGAGUCAAAAGAAGUCUCUACACACUUUACAAGCGGUCUUAACUUCUUGAAACAAUUUUUACAGAUGGCAGAUAACGCUCCACAUAAUAUCAGUGCAGCUAGCCAAAGAAUGAUGCAUGAUCUUGUCAACAAAGCUUAUGAAGCCUUUGUUCCUGCUCAGUCAGAGUUAGACAAGAUAAAUGAUGCGUUUGACAAAGACCUUCAAGUUACCUUGGUUGACGAAAAAAAAGCCAAUGACCAGCUUACAGAAAUUGGGGUAACCUUGAAACAACUACGAGAAAAGGGAAACACUCUACAACAAGAUGUUCUUGAAGCAGAAAAGCAAGCUGAAAGGGAAAGUGUUAACCUUAAUGAAGCCAUUUCUUUUGCACAGAAAAAGGAAGAUCAGCUUGAAGAGGCUAAAAAAAAAAGCGCACUAAAAGCUGUAGGAGGUACCCUCAUUGGAUUGGUUGUUGGCGGACCCGCUGGAGCAGUAAUUGGCGCCGGUGUUGGUGGUACUGUUGCAUAUGCUGAUAUCCAGCAGGCUAGAAAAGCAGUUGAUACAGCCCGGGAUGCCAAGAGACGCGCAGAAAAAAGGCUAGAAGGCAAACAAAGAGAUCUUCGCAAAGUAAAAUCGGACCUGGAAGGAUUAGAAAAACAACAGAGAGAGAAAUCAGAGGAGCUGAAAACGAUUGAGAGACGCAUACAAGAGAUAAAGCAAAGAAAGGAACAAUCAGCAAGCUUGAGUGGCUCCGUCAAAAGUUUCUUCACAUUGGUGGAUACCACUACAUCACGAACAGAAAUGAUGGCGAAGGAAGCAAAUGGCGAGUUACCCGACAUUGAAGCCAUGAUGGUUCCUUUGAAGGCAAUUGCUAGUGACAUCUGUGAAUCGCUUACCAACAGCUGUCUGUUAUCCGGACAUGUUGACUUUAGUUUUACUGAGAUCCAGAAAAUGAAAGAUAUGUCAUUGGGUGACAUUGACCAAUGGGCAUGA